AUGCCGUUCACAUCGCUCAAAACUGCCCCACCUCCCCACUCCAUAGCCGUCGCUUCUUGCCUCUCCUCCAUCACCUCCGCUAUCGCGGGAGCCCUUACCGCCAUCUUUAGCGGCAUCGCUCGAAUCCUGAACAGCAUCGUCAGUGCGAUCGCCACGGCCUUCAUUGCAGUGUUCAACUGCAUCGGAGAUGUGCUCUGCUGCCGCUGCGGUGGUGGUCGUAGAAGGACUCGCAAAGUGUGA